AUGGCUGUGUUCCACGAUGAGGUGGAGAUCGAGGACUUCGAAUACGAUGAGGAGACCGGGACCUACAGCUAUCCGUGCCCCUGCGGGGACCGAUUCCUCAUCACGCGGGAGGACCUGGAGAACGGGGAGGACGUGGCCACCUGCCCCAGCUGUUCCCUGAUCCUGCGGGUCAUUUACGACCAGGAGCAGUUCAUGCGUGAUGAAGUUGUGGCAGAACCUUUGCCAAACAAGGAGUUGGUCAAGUGCUGAUGAGUGUAUCGUGGACUGUGCUGCUUUGGGAUGAGAAAGUAUGGGGAUGGUGACUGCGGAAAGAGAUGURGUUCUUCUCCUGRAAGUGYUUGCUGCUCUGAGAUACAAGUGCAAUAACAGUCUGCCUUCUUAACGUGAAUGGGAAUUCGUUGGGACAUCAAACACAUGAAUGGGUUUUGUUCCAAAGAGUUAUAAAAAUAYAGAUAARUUGCUCUGUGUAUUCUGGAAGAUUUAAGAAUUAUGGUUCUGUUUUACAGCAAAUCAUACACAGAAGAACAGUGUKGAGUUGGGAAAUUAYAAUAUUUAGKCUAGCAAUGACUUCUUAGCCUGUGGAGAAAAWUGGGCUUUKUGUGAGUAUAUWCCAGUGUGAGAUGGCACAGAGAGCUGAAAUGUUGGGAGGCAACAUUUAGGAGUCCAUAGGACACRAWGCCAUACAGAGUURACACAGUGCAGCAUCUCCCAGSGAUGUGGGCUUGUGUACUUCAGCCCAUACUGAAUACGGGGAGAAGACAAGAGACCCAGUGCCAACAUUUACCCGGUGUUGGUAAAUUGCCUUUACUACUGUAAGCACGAGGAAGGUGCAGUUGUCUGUAUAUCUGCAGUGGGGGCAAUACUUAAGUUGAGUUUCUUAAAUUGCUUCUGAAGUAUCUUUGAAAGAGCUUUGGUUGUUACCACAUGACUYUGACAUAAAAGUGAUACUCUUGUGGGUAUUGUGUGUAAUGAAACAAAAGGAGUCAAACUUCUUUUACCCCUGCACAGCUARUAAUGUGUAAAUGGACUUGAUCUCAAAGUCUGUUGUAUUUUACCCCUAUUUUCUCAACAGCUUUGUGAUUUGRCUGUUGCAGCAGCUGUAAAACAGGCUGCAGUUCUCUGUGCCAUUUGUAGUAGUACAUUGCUGAUUCUCUCAGCCUUCCUUUAUUAGAUGCACCUGCUUCCUGAAUGGGAGAUGCACACAUUUAACUUAAAUAAUAAAGGCAUAUUUUAGGGUAGAAGAAAGUUGUGAGAACAUAUUCCACAUUCAUUCGAAGACUGCUUCUUGAGUUACAAGCCACUGCAUUUUAAUAUUUGCUAAAAACUGUGGUCAUUCCUGUGUUUUAAUAGGAUUUGAUAUCUAUGAAGUGAAAUUUGGGGAAAAGUACUUGUGAAAAGUUUAUAUUGCUAUUUUGCUCCAGGCACUAAAGAUCAGCAGGUUUUACUGGAUUCUUGUGUGUGGCUGRUUUUGUUCUUACAGCGUUCUGAGAAUGUUGAAGAUGAACAUUCUAGUUAUUUUAAGAAAAGGAGAGGAAAAAAAAAAGAAAAACUACACCUAGUUGGAAGUUUUGAGUGCAGUAAGCACAACCCAGAGUGUUUCCAUGCCUAAACCAGGAGGUGGCACUCGUGUUCCUUUCUUAUCUGUGCUAAAAAAAAUAGCUGUGGUACUUUGGUUAGCUAUGCCUAAUCAAAUAUUUAUUUUGACUAUUUAAAUAAAGAUGUUUACAAUUCUACCAGUGGUUAUAAUGGUCURUUGCUUACUCUGUUUCUGCACCAGCCACAAUGAUUUCCAGAGGUCUUGAGUUGUUGCUGCUGGGGUGAUGAUACUGGAAGUUCUUCAGGCUGGUUAAUAAAAAUUAUUUCAGUCAAGCAGUAGAUGCUGUAAAGCGAAUUUACAGGAACCCUACCUAAGCCCCUGUUCAAAUUUCUCCUGCAUGUUUAUCUACAUGAUUUUUCCACAAGUAUUCUACAUAAGAAGGAUUACAGCAAUUUUCAAGUGCAAUACCAGGGAAUGUAUGCUCUGAUGUAAUGCAUCAAAGUAAGUUGCCAGGUGUGUCAUCUCUAAAGGUGUAUAGAUUUUGCAGAAAUCAUUGAUCAGAUUUUGUUACAUAGUGAAGGUCAGGCCCUGUCAUAAAAAACUAGGAAACUUAUGUAGAGAAUUAUUUGUACUCUAUAUGGUUAAAUUUGUACAUGAUUUUAAAAGGUGUUUAU